CCCAUGUUGUUCGGAGGUCCGAUGCUUGUUCGACUUCCAGCUUCUCGUUGAUAUAAAAGGCGGCACAUCGCUGGCCGUUGCCCUUGCUUCCCAUUCAUACUGCAACUCAUUUUACAACCCACAAAGCCUUGAUACACUCACAUCCAAACCGAUAAUUCCAUCAAACAAGAUGACUAACACGGCCGAAACCGCUAACUGGAACUGGGACUGUGUGCUCAUCACAGGCGGAGCCGGCGGGCUCGGCAGAGCCUUUGCGGAGCUGUUCGUUAAGCGGGGAAAGAAAGUCAUCAUUGCCGGAAGGACCGAAUCCAAGUUGAAGCAGACGUUCUCGGAAGUCCCGGGUCUGCAUGGCUACCUCGUCGUUGAUGUCGCUGAUGUGAAGAGCUUGCCGGCGUUUGCAAAGGCAGCGGUGGAGAAGUACCCCGAGAUUGAUUGCAUCGUGGCCAACGCCGGAAUACAAAAGCCCAUCGCGAUCACAAAGCUCACGCCCGACGAGAUCCUAACCGCCGCAGACGCCGAAAUCGACGUCAACAUCCGCGGCGUCCUGCACUUCGUGCACCACUUCCUCCCGCACCUGCUCACCAAGCCCCGAGCGGCCAUCUUCGCCGUCGGGUCAGGAAUCUCGUUCGCCCCCGCCGCGUUCGUCCCGGUCUACUGUGCCACCAAGGCGUUCAUCCACAGUUGGAUGCAGAGCUUGAGGCAUCAGCUGCUGGGCAAGGUGCGCGUGGUGGAGAUCGUGCCGCCAUUGGUGGACUCGGAUUUGCAUAGGGACCACCCCGACCCCAAAGCGUACUCAACGGCGAAGAAUCCCUACGCCCUCCCCAUCGACAAGUUCAUUGCUCAAAUCACGGAGGACAUGGACGCAGGGAAGGACGCCGUCGCUGCCGGGCACGCUCGGGAGCAUGUCGCCAAAUAUGAUAAGGUGUUUGGACCUACGUUCAAGACGCUCAAUAGCCAUUGAUUUGUGUCGUUGUAUACUCCCAUUUUGCAUAUGAUACUAUAUAUCGUGCCGUUCAAUUUCAGCUAGGCUUGUUUACGUGUUCCGCAGUGCUUUUCAUCGCUGCAAUCCGAGAUAUGG